AUGUGGCUGGACCGAUUCUCUGGCCAGUCCACACCUGCUGGCGGAACCACCCCCAAUCGUUAUCCUUCACCUGCACCCAGGCGGACAUCCCAUCUUGCGCCUGCUACACGGCCCCGUCCCGGGCUUAGUCCAAGUCGGUCCAAUGUCUCUCUAGACUUGAGCACAAACACCUCAUCUGUGUCCCUGAGCUCUCCAACCAAAGCUGUCAAUGGAUCUGCUCUGAGAUAUGAACAGAAGCCGCCUCCGAACGUGCGAGAUCCCACUCUGGUUCUUCGGGAUAUCCUUAAGCUCGGUAGCGAGGACGAUUUGAACAGGACGCAGAGAGGGCUCGAUAGAGCGGACAUCGAUGAAGAGAAGGAGAACAUUGACUUUGGCGGCUUGAGCCUGCAGGCAUUUGUGGAUCAGGAGCUUCCCCAGAAGCCUCCUUCUUCCACACCAUCGACACGCGCAAAAGACAAGCGGCAAGUGUUCGAGGAUUUCCAUAAAUCGAUCUCAGAAUCCGACGACGUGCUAAAUAAUGUCGAAUCCAACCUUGUCACCUUUCAAGCCGAGCUUGGUCAGGUCUCAGCAGAGAUUGAGAAUCUACAGGAGCGGUCGGUUCAGCUCAAUGCACGUCUCGAGAACCGGAGGCAGGUCGAAAAGCUACUCGGUCCUGCUGUCGAGGACGUUAGCAUCUCACCCACCACCGUCCGAGCCGUAGCAGAAGGGCCGAUCGAUGACACCUUUAUGAAAGCCUUGGCUGAGGUUGAGGCCCGUUCUAAAAUUCUCGAGCGGAAGAAAAGCGAGCAGGGCCCGGUGAAGGCUCUUGAGGACGUGAAACCUCUUCUCGAAGAUCUCAAGGCCAAGGCUGUAGAACGUAUACGGGACUAUGUUGUCGCGCAAAUCAAGGCAAUCCGUUCUCCAAACGUCAAUGCUCAGUUGAUCCAGCAUCAGAGCUUUAUUCGACAUAAAGAGCUCUUCCCUUUCCUCGCUCGCAAUCAUCCUAUUCUUUUUGAAGAGAUCGGCCAAGCUUACAUCAACACGGUGAAGUGGUACUAUAGCAGUAAUUUUGGUCGAUAUCAGCAAGCGCUCCAGAAACUGCCCUUGCACACGAUUGACCAGAAUGAUCUGAUCGGCGUCGAGCCCUCUGCGCCAAAGCGGUCGAUGCUGGGUGCCGGCAAAACCUCACAGCAACAGCAUGACAACUUUAGCAUAGGCAAACGAGCAGAGGUAAUUAAAUCUAAGAACGACUCUGUCAUCCCAUCAUAUCUUGCGGAAGAUAGCAAGACCGCGCACUACUUGGAGGUACCGUUUCGACACUUCAAUCAAGCCUUGGUCGACAACGUCACGGCAGAGUAUGCUGUAGCAUCGGAGAUGUUCUCUACAGCAUCAUAUCAACAAGUAACGAGAAAGGUUGAGGAGACCUUCCAGCCUACGUUCGCUCUCGGCCACAGCCUCACCAAAAGUCUGAUCGAGACCACUACUGACUGUCUGGGUAUUCUCAUCUGUGUUCGUCUCAACCAACAUUUUGCGUUCGAGCUGCAGAAGAGAAAAGUGCCGGGAGCCGACUCGUACAUCAAUUAUACUAAUAUCUUGCUAUGGCCUCGUUUCCAGCAGGCAAUGGAUCAACACUGCGAAUCGCUAAAGAAAGUGCCCACGUCUGGCAACCGUGGCGCGGCCGCUGCCUUCAGUCUAGUCGGGGGCGAUGCUAGUAAAGCGUCGGUCGCACCUCAUGCCAUCACGCAGCGAUUUGGCCAGUUUUUGCACGGCAUUCUAUCUCUCAGUAGAGAUGCAGGGGACGACGAGCCAUUGUCGAACAGCCUCGGCCGUUUACGCACGGAAUAUCAGUCGUUGAUGGCGAAGCUCUCUAAAGGUGCCGGUGACACAAGCAAGCGCCCUCGCUUCCUUUUCAACAACUACAGUCUGGUCAUGACGAUCAUCAGUGAUGCACAGGGCAGGCUCGCUGAAGAGCAAAAGGAGUAUUUUGGCAAUCUACUGGCAGAAACUAAGGCGAAGUGA